UAUGAGUUCCUGUCAUGAAAUUCACCAGUCCUUUCCUUCUUCGUGUUAAGUUUAUGCACAGCUCCCAAAUUUUCAAAAUCCGCUGCGUUUUGAGAUGAAAAUUGGGGAAAAUUGCAGUUUAAUUAUCUAAAAACACUGUCAAAUCAAGCAUCGUUCGAGGUUGUUCUCGCAACAUCACCACUGAAAGCGAAAGGAGCUGAUCGAAAACGCGAAAAGCGAAAGCAACACAGAAAAAGAAUAUGGCCGACCGAAGAUCCGGUGGAUCGAGUCGUAACAAUUUCAACGAUGACAAAAAUGCAGAUAUUCCGCCGAUGUCGCGACUGUUCAUUAUUUGCAGCAAAACAGUGACCGAGGAUAAUUUACGGGAACAUUUUGCCAAAUUUGGUGAAAUCGAGGAAAUAUGGAUCGUAAAAGAUCGCCAAUCCGGCGAAACAAAGGGGGUGGCUUACAUCAAAUUUUCCAAAACAUCGGAGGCUGCUAAAGCCCUGGAGGCUAUGAAUGGAAAGUUGAUCGGGGAUAAUUCUCGGCCGAUUAAGGUUCUUGUGGCAGCCAAUCGGCAGCAGGGUUCACGCAAACAAACUGAAAAUGAAGAGGAAAAAUAUUUGCGACUGUUUGUGUUAAUUCCGAAGGAAAUGAACGAAGAGUCAUUGCGUGAAGAGUUCGGAAAGUACGGUACAAUAGAUACCGUAACAAUUAUUCGAGAUAAAGUCACAAAGGAAGGAAAAGGUUUCGCCUACGUUAAAUUCAAUCGGUUUACUCAUGCUGCAAGAGCAUUCGAGGAUUGCGACGCCAAAUACAAGGCUGUUUUUGCUGAACCUAAACCACCGAGGAAUGCGUCCGUUUCUUCUAACGAUAAUUUUGGAGGUUUCGGUAGCGGCGGUGGUGGUGGUGGCGGCGGAUCGAAUGGUUUCAACGACGAUCGCAGAGAUCGUGGCUCGAAUAUGGGCAGCUCUAGUGCUAUGAUGAAUUUCGGUUCCAUGGGCGGUAGUGACCGCCGGAAUGCAGGAAUGAAUAACGAUCGAGCGGCAAAUUUUGGCUUCAACAGCAGCAACUACUCCGGACAAAGUGGAAACCAAUCCGACACUUCUCUGACAGUGCUAUGCAGCCCAUCGCUAAACCAAGACCAGCUGUGGAGGCUCUUUGACAUCAUUCCUGGGUUGGACUAUUGUCAAAUUAAUAAUGACUUCAAUAGUCGUAAUGUAACGGCUACAGUGGUUUACAACAACUCGCAAUCCGCAAUGUACGCUAGAGAUAAGAUUCAUGGUUUGGAAUAUCCUCCCGGAGAACGUCUAAUUAUUCGUUUGGGACACGAGGCGGUGGGCGUAUUGGCCAACAAUGAUCCUUACAACGGUGGAGACCGUAAAAUGCCAGAUCGCGAUGCUAAUUUCUGUAGCGUUCCGCUACCAGCUCCAAUGCCAAUGGCCAACCCUGAUUCGGAUGUCGCCCAGCGAUGUUUCAUCGUGUGCAUUCCGAAAGCACUACCGACCAGUGUGUUGAAACAGACUUUCUGUCGCUUCGGAGACCUCAUUGACGUUUAUUUGCUACCGAACAAAAACUGUGGCUACGCCAAGUUUGCUAGCGAAAAGAGCGCCAAGAAAGCUAUGGAAGUGCUACAUGGCGCGGAAAUUCUGAACAUUCGAUUGAAGGUUUUGGAAGCUGAGGAACCAAGCAAUGAUCGGAGGAAACGCAUGCGUCACGAUGAACGUAUGGACAACGAGUAAAAGCCUUAACCAAGGAACAUCGAGAACAACGUUUUGGAAUACCAGCAUCUAUUCCGAAUGUGCGAUUCCGAGAAUACCCCGGAGAAAGGGCCAAGGUAAAACUGCAACCUGUUCAGCCUUUGCAUUACGUAGGUUUUGUUGUUUCGUCCCUUUUGCUCUAGGUUUUCUUUCUCUAGGAAGCGUGGUAGCACCUGGAGAAUUUGCUACAUCCGAAAAGGGCCACUUGUUUGCUCUAGGUUCUAGGCGAGGAACGUUGGAAUACGCUGAUAGACUCGCGGUGCUGUCGCACAUAUUCCCCUUAAAUCAUACCGCAGCCGUCCGCAAAAUUAGGUCCGAGUUUCGGUCGAUAGAUUCUUAUUUUUUUGCAGGUGGUAAAAUUGUGCGUCAUAUGGCAGGGUACAGUUUACAUAUUCGAAACUAUAAUUGUUUACGCGUAUUCAGGAUUUAAAUCUAUACCUAAUGAAACGUAGUUGUGUUUGUCGACUACUUUACCGAUGUUCAGUUGAUUGUUUUAAUCAAAUUUGAUGCAUUUUUUGUUCAAUGUAUAUUUUGGGUUCUUUAGAAACACCUUGAAUUAGGUGGGAAUUGUAAAGUAGGGUACCAAAAAAGGUCAUUCCUAAAUUUUACAAAGUUGACUGAUAUUGAAAAAUCCGCAAAGGGAGAGAAACUGGGGCAAUUUGGUAAGUUGUCGAAAUAAGACAUUAUCCUCUUAUCUCUCGAUCGAUGAAAGUUAUCGACGUGAAAUUUAUACUCUAGGUCAGCUAUUCUCAACCUGUGGUCGCUUAUUCUGGGGUGCCGCGGAUCAAUUUCAUGGAAGACUUUUAUUGUGUUGCCUCAAAUUUAAUAUAUCUAAUAAUGAUUUUUAUCUGUAUAUAAUCAUGUUGUCGUUUUCUCAAACUAUCUUGUAGUAGCAAGAUCAAGCAUCAAUUUUAAACGUGGUUGUCCGCGGAGAACUAUUUUGGUCCAAUGGGGCUCGCGAUAUAAAAAGGUUGGGAACCACUGCACUAAGCGGUAUUUGGUACCAAAAACGAUUGACGAAAGUUGUGAAAUUGUCAUUCAUUGCAAAUUUUUUCACUUGUAGACGUAUUUUACCAAUAAAAUUUAUUUAACGAAAGUUUUUAAGCUAAUUUGAGAAUGUUGAACGUUUAUUGUAUGUAGUCAAAAAAGUAAAAAAAAUGAAGAGGAAAAUUGGUAAAACAUGUUUCACGCAUGUCUUGAUUUUUUUCAUGAAUUUCAUAAAAACAGAAAGAUGCAGCGCAGAAAUAGCAAAAUUCGAACACUAUUUGUGUGUUGAAUCGUUCACAGUUCACAAAAAAAGAUGUUUCCAUGUGUUUUGUUUAUAUAUGUAAAUAGUUUUAGUCCAGGACUCAGAAAGAUGUUAACUCAAUCGAAUUCCUUAUACAGAGCAAAUCGUGUUUCGAGGUCACUGUUCCAUUGAUUAGCCCCGCCUCAAUGCAAUGUUGGCAUCACAUGAAUUCAAACAUUACAUACAUACUUUCGAUCCCUUACAAAUGGCAAGCAAUAGACGCGUAUUUAGUUUAUGGUUUUUCAGUUUUGUGUAUACGAUUAACAUUUUCCGAUUGAACCCAUACUCCAGUAAGCAGCCAAUGUCCUAUUUUUUACCAAUCGUAUCCAAAUAUUCAGUUUUCGGAAACAGCCAAUUAUUCUCUUGCCGCAUAGUAUUGCUGAAUAUUUUCCCUAUAGACGCUCCAACAUAAUAUACUAAAAAUAAGAAAUGUUUUCCAUUUCUUAUACCCAAACAGUUAGUGUUAUUCAUAAAAUGUAUUUUAGUUUAUAUGUCAAAUUAUUCAGGAAUGAGAUGAAAAAUGCUAAUCUAUGAAUAAUGAAAAGAAUGUUGCCGACGGUUUUUAUCGAGAUAACAUUUGACGACCAAAAAAGCAAAAUUCGAACACUGCUCCCAAAAAAAAACGCGAUCGUCCACACAAAAACCAGACAUUGUAAUCACUUUAUUUUUGCAAUAUGCAAUAUCUAUAUUAAAACAAAUAUAGAGGCCGCCAAAAGGUUGAGGUCUUAUUGCAGAAGUGAAUUUACCUUACUUUUACUUUCAAUUUUCAAAUUGUUUUCAUAAAAAACCGUCUGCAGCAUCCUUGUAACUCAUAAAUUUUCAUAUUUCAUAUCAUCCUUACGUAUAUUGACGUAUCAAGCAAAUUACGUAUUAUGAGCAGCCGUUUGGGUACAAAUAAUAAUUCUAUUCUUAUUAUCAGUGUCUUAAGCAGGAGCGUCAUAAAAAAAAUAUUCAGAAAUGUGCUAUAUCAUACUAUCUAUGUUCCAAGGAUGGAAUUGAUAAAAUUGAAAAAUGGUAAUUAUUCAUACAAAACUUAAAAUACAUAAACUAAAUACGCGUCGAUUACUUGCCAAACGCAAGGGAUCGAGAGUCUCUGUAAUGUUUGAAUCCAUUUGAUGCAAACAUUUAAUUUAGGGGGGGCUGGUCAAUGGAACGGCGACCUCGGUGAUCGGUGAUUUGCUCUGUAUACGAAAUGGGUCAUCGGAAUUCGAUUGAGUUAUUUGCAUGUAUAAACAAAACACUUGGAAACAUCUGUUUUUCUGUAAACCGCUGCCAGACAGUGGAGCUUGGGAUAGGUUAACCACACAUACACAAACAUCUAUAUUGAAAUAAAUACACUUAUGUCUCUUUUUACGCAUUUUUUCAUACGUUUUUACGCAGACUUCCGGGGUUACGCGGUUUUUUUAUGCGGAUUUCCGUAGUUACGUGGUUUUUUAUACAAAUUUCCGAAGUUUUUUUCACGCAAAUUUUCAAAGUUAUGCGGUUUUCUUGUUUUGUCUUAGAAAUAAAUGAAACAUCGAGAUCUGGCGUAAGCCCGAAUUUAUUUUUUAAAUCAGCUCACUGAAAAUUUCCGAUUAAAAAAAAAACUUUUCUAGAGUAACAAAAAUCUUGACGGUUAAUGCAUUUCUAUGACAUUUGGCAUAAAAAACAAAUUUCUUUAGCUUUGUGAUUUUUUUUACAUGGAUUUCCGAAAUUACGCGGUUUUUUUACGUGAAUUUCCGAAGUUACGGGUUUUUUACGCGAAUUUACGAAGUUACGCACUUUUGAAUUGAGGUUCGGAAGGUCAAGUAUCGUAUACCAUUCGACUUAGUUCGUCGAGUACGAAAAAUGAAAUUAUAGUGCAAUUAUUUUUCUGGCAGAAUCGUUUUUCACAAACUUAAGUUCAAUUGACGGUCAUACAAAAUUCGUAAUUUUUAUCCGGAUCCGAGAUGGUUUCACCAAUUUUCACAAACUUAGGUUCAAAUGAAGGGUUUUAUAAUCCCAUACCAGAUUCCUGAAUUUCGUCUAGAUCCGUCUAAUGUUUCUGGAGCUACUGGGUGAAGAGUGUCGAAAAAGAUGUUCCUAUUUUGUAGGUCAUAUUUAUUGCUGGCCAUUCGAACCAACUUCGGCUAUACGGAAUGCGGUUUUGGAAGUACCGGAAAUAGUAUAGAAAUAGUAACAUUAUCAUCUUUUAUUUGUUUAUUUAUUUACUUUAUUUUAUUUUUAUAGUAAAUUUGUACGUAUUCUGCUUCGUGACACAUUAAAAUCAUAUCCUUAACACUAGUCGAUCUUCCCAUCAAGGAUCUAUUCAGAAAGUAUUCGACAUGCAAUGGCAUUUUUUUCCUCGUGAACGUAAUGGCCGAGCACUUGUCGGGAUUUACAAUCAUGCGGUUAACUUUACACCAAUCUGCGAAGUUUAACAAUUGUCACUGGAGAAAGGCUGCGUCUUCUAAGUUGCGGAUGAUGUGAUAGAUCUUGACAUCAUCAGCAAACGAUAAGCGAGGACCUGCCAAAGCAAAAUUGACAUCAUUGAAGUACAGUAAACAUAUUAACGGUCCGAGAUGACUUCCCUGUGGUAUUCCGGAUGAUGCGAGGAACUCUCCGGAAGUAUGAUCGUCAAUUUUAACUGUUAAACGACGAUUCCUAAGAUGUGACUGUAACCAACGAAGUAUGUUCGAACUGAAUCCAAGUCUGGCCAAUUUAGCAACCGUAAUGUCCUGGUUGAUUCUAUCAAAAGCGGAGGAAAGAUCUGUAUAGAUAACGUCCGUUUGUAAACCGUUAGACAUUGCAUCAAUCACAUAAGACAAAAACGAUAGUAAGUUUGUGGUUGUUGAGCGGUUAGGCAUGAGACCGUGUUGGGUAUCGAUAAUAUAUUACUUCCAGUAUUUGAAAAUUGGUGUCAGUACAACCUUUUCGAACAGCUUUGGUAUAGCGCUGAGGGAAGUAAUACCGAGGUAGUUGUUUAUAUCCUUUUUAUCGCCUUUUUGUGGACUGGGAACAUAAAGGAAUUUCAUUUGUUAUUUUCAAACAAGUUCAAUUACGAUAUUAAGACAAUUGUACGAUUCGGCUAAAUGGCCCGGAUGCGAUUGAACCAGGUUUUUGUAAUGAAAUUCGUCAUUGAGGCAUCUUUAUAACUUUUCCAUACUUUUUUGAGCUCAAACAGUUGUGUUGAAGAGCUGAACACUUGGUUUUACAUUUCGCAACACUUAUUAUUUUGCCACACGAUGGAGCAAAAUGAUAAAAAAAUUAAACCUCGAAAAAAAACAGGCCAUAAUAUGAUUGUUUCAAGAAGUAUUUACAAAAUAUCAAUGAUAACCAUAGAUAUCAUUGGUUGCCCUACCAAUUCAAUAUAAUACACGAAAAAAAAUAUACAGAAAAUUUACCGAAUUGCCCCAGUUUUUCCUACAUGAAAUUUCCGCUAUUGACCAAACUUUCGUGAAGGGUCUUAGAAAAGCAUGAAACAUCGAUAUUAAUUCUUGAAAAUAUCACCAAUGUUUGAUCUUUGACUGCCGGGCGGGGGCUCCCCUUUCCAUGGUUUAGUAUAGAGAUAUAUUUUGAGAUGCUAAAGUUUUCGGGCACUAUCGGUUUGUGAAUCGAUAUUGGCACUUUUCUGCUCUCGGUUCAAUCCUAUAACUAAAUAACGUGGCGUUGUAUUAUUUUGCAUCAUUUUCUUAUCGCAAAGUUUCUUUUUAGAUACCUUAACACGCCUACUCAUAAUAAACAGUUAAGUGGGAAAGAAAAUAAACUUUUAUUCGAGUUAUCAAACUACAUAGAAAGAUUGAACUUUGCAGGUAUAAUACAAAGUUGAAGCGGUUUUACAUGAGGAUUUAUGCGACCAUGAGAAAAAAUGGGUCAAGUUUAUCAAUGUUUACAGAAGUUACAGAAUCCAAAUUUCAUUUUAUUGAGACUUUAAUUUGACAUUUUUUAUAGACCAUAAUGUUCGAACUGAAAUCAGUAGGUCUCGGCUUUAUUCAAAUUCAUAUUUCUUUUUUUUUGUCAAAAUCGAGAAAAUUACUAAUCACUUUCGCGUUUAGCUCACCAGACGCGGAUCGUUCAUUUUUUUCUAUAUUGGUACAGUAAAACUUCUUUUGAAGUAUAUUUAAAAACCAUAUAAUCAUUCUCUACCGUUAGUUAUAAGCGUUAGUUUUACCAUUAAAAUACAUUACAAAAAAUGAAUUUAUUUUUGCAGAACAUAUUUACUACUUUACGCUAGAGACGACCGAACAAACCCUACUACAAAAACAGUACUCCUAAAAUACAAUCAAAACACAAGUACAACCUAGCCCCAGAUCAUUUCUGAACAACCAACCGUCAGAAAGACCGCCCGGACUGGAACCAACAAGACUUUGCUUCUUCAUGUCAUCGAUUGAUACGUUAGAAAAAAAAAUAUAACGCCUUGGACCUGUACACAAUUCGAAACGAAAUCUGCCCAACCGGACUGCACAAUUCCACAAACCUGAACAACAGCGUUCGAGAUGACUUCCAGACUUUGUGGACAUCUUUCCGGGACAAUGCAAGAAAAAUUUUAGAAAAAAAAGUACACGAACGAGUGAAGCACAUGAAAAAAACCACACAACCUCCCCGACGAGACUCGGAAGAAUGUGAACUAGGUCCGCGGCAAGUGACGACCAUCGGGACUGGAUUUGUUUGUAAACGGUAGGAUUGUGCCGGUUAACGUUUCGCACCAACAGCAAACUAAAUUACAUUUUCUAGACUUAAGCUUUUACGUUUUUUUGCACGACGCGCGAGUGGAAAACAUUUCUGUUAGCGACGUAUAUUCUUACCAAUUGACCAUUACUACUUUGUUGUCAUUGUGCAUUACUAGAAAUCGUCUUACCUUAGACUACUAUAUUCGGCAGCAUGGAGAUUGGAUUCGAAUAUUAUUUUUUAGAUUUGUGACCAACUUUUUCCUCUAAUGACCAAACCUAUAGAUUACUUUAUGUUAAGUAUACCUUUCCCGCAGUACACUAUCGAAUAAGGUUUCGUAGGGUCACGGAACGUAUGAGAUUACUUUGAACCUUCUAAAUUCGAAGAAGAAAGACGCAAACGACACCAUACCUGAUAACGGGAAUGACAACGGAAAACACCUUACAUUGCUCACACCAAUCAGCACAUCAUUUUUAAUCAGUGAAACAAAUCAUUCUAGAUGGUAGACCAACCUAAGCUUCAUACAAAGUUCUCUAUUUAUUCACGUUCAAGUUCAGAGAGAGACGCUGAUUUUAAAUAUAUCGAAACGUCAAAGAUUUCCCUUACUUUUGUACAAUUAUGCGUUACGCGUAUAACGUCUAAUUUAAUUAUUUUCUGUUUGUGUGUUCUCAUUCGUUUAGUAAUAUAGAUAUAUAAAAAAUGAUACCAUUUUAAAUCAUUGCCUUUCCCCUACACCAUUUGAAUAAUCCUCUGUAAGAAAAAAUGCCAAUUUUAUGAUUACCCGCUCGUUAAUGAAGUAAUAACAUAAGCAACCGGAUGUGUCGGAUGUCACAGAGAAGAAAAAAAACAUCGCUCACAUAUUAAACUUUAUACCAUCGUAUCUUCGUGUAAUACUGGAUUUCAUUUUUUCCCCACCAAGCCAAAAGGACACGGUGAUUAACCAUACCACACAGAAUGGUCCAAAUCAGAAAAGUGAUUCAAUCAUAUUCAUAUACACUCGAAUAUUGAAUACAAGUGAGCUUUUUGUGUUUUAUUGAUACCAUUAGUUGAGAGAAGCAGCGUUUUUUCUUUGCCGUUUUACCUACACUUAAUGAGGGGAAGUGCGAAUCAGGGGAGGGUGCGAAAUUCAUCAUAUACAUACAUAAUAUUUCCAAAUAACUAGGUUGGGUUUCCUUGUAUACAGCGAUAUUCUACCUAAAAGCAUACUUUACUAACCUGCAAAUUGUGUAUUACAUUAAUGAUAUAUAGCUGUAUUCGCAAAAAAUGUAACGAAGACAUCAGAAGAGAAAUAAAGAAUUGCCAAUCAUUUUUAGCGAAAA